AACACUUGAGAGAAAAACAGCAGCACUAGCAGUGAUCGGAGCAAGGGUGGAACUAGAUGUGUUUGUUGGAGUGAUUAGCGGUGUGGUGGAUUAGCUCUCCGUGUUUACUUCCAUUUCGACUGGGAUUUGACUUGUCGAUGGUGUGCUCAUGAACCUGGCCAGUCAGAGCGGAGAGGCCGGCUGCAGCCAGCUGCUCUUCGCCAACUUUAACCAGGACAACACGUCCUUAGCAGUCGGUACGAAGUCUGGCUACAAGUUUUUCUCUUUGUCAUCAGUUGACAAAUUGGAACAGAUUUACGAAUGUACUGACACGGAAGAUGUGUGUAUCGUGGAAAGACUGUUCUCCAGUAGCCUCGUCGCUAUUGUGAGUCUUAAGGCACCUCGGAAGCUCAAAGUGUGUCAUUUCAAGAAGGGAACUGAGAUAUGUAACUACAGCUACUCAAACACUAUACUGGCUGUAAAACUGAACAGACAGAGGUUGAUAGUAUGUCUGGAGGAAUCGCUCUAUAUCCACAACAUCAGGGAUAUGAAAGUACUGCAUACGAUUCGGGAGACUCCUCCCAAUCCAUCAGGAUUAUGUGCACUUUCUAUCAGCAAUGAUAACUGCUACCUGGCAUAUCCUGGGAGUGCAACAAUAGGUGAAGUGCAGGUCUUUGACACUGUAAAUCUGAGGGCCGCUAACAUGAUCCCCGCUCACGACAGCCCGUUAGCAGCUCUGGCUUUUGAUGCGAGUGGAACGAAACUCGCCACAGCUUCCGAGAAGGGAACGGUCAUUCGCGUGUUCUCCAUUCCAGAGGGUCAGAAGCUGUUUGAGUUCAGAAGGGGAGUGAAGAGAUGUGUGAGUAUCUGCUCGCUGGCUUUCAGCAUGGAAGGACUUUAUCUGUCUGCCUCUAGCAACACAGAGACGGUUCAUAUCUUUAAGCUGGAGACGCAGAGAGAGAAGCCACAGGAGGAACCCACGACUUGGACAGGCUACUUCGGGAAAGUCCUGAUGGCCUCCACUACGUAUCUGCCUGCGCAGGUGUCCGAGAUGUUCACGCAAGGCCGUGCCUUUGCUACAGUCAGACUGCCAUUUUCGGGACACAAGAACAUCUGCGCUCUGGCCAUAAUCCAGAAGAUUCCACGUCUUCUGGUGGCGGCGGCGGACGGCUACCUUUAUCUGUAUAACUUGGACCCACAGGAGGGAGGAGAAUGCACACUGAUGAAGCAGCACAAGUUAGAUGGAAGCGCUGAGCCUGCAAAUGAAAUUCUGGAGCAGACAUCCCAUGAGCGUCCACUAGUGGCCCAGACCUACAGCACUGCCAUCGCCAAAGGUUACCCUGAAGACCAGGGAGCAGUGGGCGGAGCUGGAGUGGAGGACGACGUGAACGCCCUGCACCUGGAUGAAGAAAACGAGCAGCCUCCGCUGAUCCUGGAGACAGACUGAGAUCUCCAAGCCCAUCACAUCCCUGGCGUCCCUGUCCACGCGGCAGGAAACAAAUCAUGGAGUUACAUUUCAGAGGGGGCGCUUUUCCUCCUCCUCUGGCGCUGCUAAGAGUAAGGGGUUAAGAAGAGAGAGGGCAUUUUUCUAAGCAAGCGUAGCUGUAGCCUUCUUGUCUGUUCUCUAUAGAUGUUUCACUGUCCCGUCUCCCCCCCGUUCGUGGCUUUUUAAACCUGGUGAAUUUUGACGCCCAGACUACAUUUCCUAAUAAUACUAAAAGCAAGACGUCCGAGCGACAGCCAUCACGUCUAGUAGCUUUGCAUGUACAUGUGCCAAGUGCAAGAAAACAUUUGCUCUUAUGUUCAUGGUUCUGAUGUGUUCAGUGGACGUUCUCCUCUCGAGCCUUGACAUAUGCUUUAAAGCGUGAGUGCACACGUGCGUGUGCGUUUCUUUUCUUAAGCAGAAGAUAGCUAACUUAAUAUGCCUGCCACAACAUUACUGUGCAAUGUUGUUGUUGUUGUUGUUGUUUUCUUUUUUCCUCAUUGUGUCAGAAAUGUGGGGCGUCUCUCUCACGUGUUGGCUGUUUUUUGUUUUGUUUUGUGCCGAAAUCUGAAUAUAGUAACGUUUCUAUGAUGCCUUCAUGUUACUUUGCCAGCUUAACGAUUAUCAAGAUGACACUGACAGUGUAAAAAGUAUUCGUCACUUCAUCUGAUCAGCAGGAUCAUCUGUAGUUUUGGACAAAGCAGCACCUUGUUUAUUUCCUAGACCAAUCUCCCCACUACUUUAUGGACCAUUUGGUUAUCCACCAGUUGCACGGAUGAAGGUUACCGUCGGGGUGGGGAAGGGGGGGAUGUCGCCCCUUCCUCUGUUCCUCUUUUCUUUCCCUUCUUACCCUGAUAUAUAUAUAUCGCAGAAUUUUAUGCGCCACUAAGACUUUAUAAAGCAUCAGCCAUAUCAUUUGGAGUGGAAAUGAUGUGUUCGUUCGGGUAGAUGUUGGUGUGCAAACACUGCCCUGUGAUGUUUAUGUAAUAAACUGCCAGGCUUGUCUGGUUUUCAGUUUAA